GGCGCUUCUCGGCGGAGCUUCUCGUUAUGACCACGUUGAUAAACGCCAUGGACGUGGCCUUUGCUGUUGCGGGUGGAUGCGGCGUCACCACCUCCGCGGUGACGCAUGGAAUCCCGCAGAGGCGUCAACUCCACUCCUCACCUGCUGGACGCGCUGGACGCGCGGCUUGGCUCCCGCUGCUCGCGGGCGGUGCGGCGACCGCCGCCGCGUCGAAAAGGAGAGCAGUGACAGGUUUGAGAGCUUCCAAGGUGGUCUUGAUGGGCGAUUCUGUGCUGGACAACUUCUUUUGGCUGCAGACGCCCACGCGCCAUUUGCGUGUCCAGCUGCAGGAGCAGCUGGCGAAGUCGCGCAACGCCAAGGUGAAGCAGUUGCAAUGCGUGAACCUGGCUGUUGACCAGAUGACCACCUUCGACUUUGUGGAACGAAAGCCUCAAGAGAAUCCAUGGGAGACUUAUGCAAAGGCUCGAAAACUGGUUGCAUUUGAAGAUGAUGAGGACAAAGAGUAUGUUGUGGACAGCGACGGCGUGAUCCGCUCCGUCGAGAACCUCCGGCGACUGGAGGACGUCAAGUGGGUGGUGCUGUCGUUGGGAGGCAACGA